AUGCGUAAACUCUAUAUUCUUCACUUCAACGACAUCUACCAUUUAUCACCGGGAAAACAGGAACCAGUUGGUGGCGCAGCUCGUUUCGCUACCGCAGUUUAUGAUUUUCGAAAACAAUAUGACUUGGAUAAGAGUUGCGUGUUAUUUAGUGGUGAUGUUUUUAAUCCAUCGAUAGAAAGUAGUAUUAGUAGAGGUGAACAUAUGAUUCCUCCGUUGAAUGAGCUCACGAUUGAUGUCGCUUGUUUUGGAAAUCACGAUUUUGAUUUCGGAUUACCAAAUCUUGCGAGACUCAUCAAAAAAACUAAUUUUCCGUGGCUCUUGUCAAAUGUUGUUGAUGAGGAGACCGGCGAAUCGCCAGUUAAUGGCGGGAAAAAAUGGCAUAUUUUGGAGAAAAGUGGAUUAAAGAUUGCAUUGCUCGGAUUAGUAGAAAAUCUCCCUCCAACGUUAAAGUAUUUGGAUUUUGUGGAGGUUGGUAAAAAACUUGCCGCAAAGCUUCGUGAUCCGGCAGGACCCUAUGCUGUAGAUCUGGUUAUUGCACUCUCUCAUUCGCGUCUACCAAAUGACAUUAUACUAGCGAAAAAAUGCCAAGACGAGAUAGAUCUGGUUCUUGGAGGUCAUGAUCAUUUUUAUUAUGUGGGAAAAGGAUGUGAAGUAUUAAGUGGUUGGACACGUGAUGAUCCGGGUGGAAGUCAAAAUGAUGAUGGAGUUCGAGUGGUUAAAAGUGGUACAGAUUUUCGAGAAUUAAGCAUUUUGGAGAUUGAUGUCGAAGAGGUGGAUAACGAAGAUGGUGGCACGAUUAAAGUCUUAAAAAAUAUUUCAGUUACCCGUCGUGAGAUUACUUCUGCUAUAAUCGAACAUACACAACUUGCAGAAUUAAUAAAUCAAGCGACUUCAUCAAUCACUGAAAAAAUGUCAAAACCCAUUGCUUAUACAAACACACCUUGGGAUUGUAGAUCAACGACAGUUCGUACUCAAGAAUCGGGAUUUGGAAACUUUGUUGCUGAUCUGAUGUUGCAUGCGUAUGCACCUUGUGUCAAUUCUAAUAUCGAUUGCUCUCUUAUGUGUGGUGGCGCAAUUCGAUCGGAUAGAAUAUACCCACUUGGUGAAAUUACAUUGGGAGAUAUUUUGGAAAUCUUCCCAUUUGAAGACACGAUCGUUGUUGUACAGAUCACUGGUCAACAAUUAUGGGAUGCGCUUGAAAAUGGAUUUUCAAUGGUUCCAAAACAGGAAGGACGAUUUCCAAUUUUCAGCGGCCUCAAAGUCGAAUAUAAUCCAAAAUCAGAACCUGGAAAACGACUAAGAAAAGUCUGGUUGACAGCACCGCCUCUUCCAACACCAAUAUCCUUAGACACUUUAGAAACUGACAUUUCGCCAAUCGUUGAAGGUGAAGAUGCUUCCGAAUCCGAUAGUAUUCCACCUACUCCACUUAACAUAAUUGGUGAACUUGAAAUGGACAAAAUUUACACCGUUUGUACACGUGCUUAUAUGGCUCAAGGCUAUGAUGGAUAUCAUUCGCUUGCACUACCUAACACAAAAUAUCUCGUCGAUGAUGAGAACGGAAUAAUUCAAUCAACUCUACUUCGACGAUACUUUAUCGGUCUUUAUUACGUAAAUGCGAUGCGGUUCAAUAAAUCCUGCGAAGAAAGAACGCGUGAAGCAGUUCUUAAAGCUGUUGCUACCUGGAAAAAAUUCACCGAAAAGAAAACUGCCACACAUGAUCGUCACCUGUCGAAACGCGAUAUUUCUGAUGCAUUAUAUUUGUCAAUGGGCGAAAAAAUAAAAUUGACUCAGGCGAUAGGUGAAGAAGAAUCAAAGACAGUUACUUUGGAUUUUAUGAAGACCUGGGUUACUGUGGCCCCAGUUAUCGAAGGACGUAUUGUAGAAGUAGACUAUUGA